AUGGAAAGUGAUGAAGCUGGAGCCCCGGAAGAACCGGAAAUGAGGCCAGUCAAUCAAGCAGACAUGAAUGAAGAAAGUCCAUCAUUACAGGUUCUAUCCAGCCAUGUGACACUCCUGGUCCCAGCACACACCCCGGAGGCCUUUGUCCAUGAGGUCAGCAACAUUCAACACAUACCUGCGGAGCGGUCUGAAGUCCUACGGGCCAUGGACACACUCCCACCUGAGCAGGGCAGUGACACCCUCAGCUCCCCAGCCCAAACUAUCCCCCUCAAGCAGGCUGACACCCCCAAUUCCCCAACCCAAACCAUUCCAACCGAUCAGACUGACGCCCUCAAUUUCCCAGAAGAAACCAUCCCACCAAAAGUGGGUGACAUUCUCAAUUUCCCAGCCAAAAUCAUUUCACCCAAGCAGGCUGACACCCCCAAGUCCCCAGCCAAAAUCAUUUCACCAAAGCAGGAUGACACCCCCAGUUCCCCACUCAAAACCAUCCUGUGCAAGCAGGCUGACAUCCCCAAUUCCUCAGAAAAAAAUACCUCGCCCAAGCAGGGCAAUACCCCCAAUUUUCCAGCAAAAUUCAUUUUGCCCAGGCAGGGCCACGCCCACAAGCUCUCAGCCAAAACUAUUCUAUCCAAGCAGUGUGACACCCCAAAGUUCUCAGCCAAAACAAUUCUGCCCAAGGAGGGUGAUGCCCCCAAGUCCUUAGAAGACACCAUCCAGCCAAUAGAAGGCAACCUGCAGUCAGCAGAUGAAGCCAUGGAGGUCCUGGAGGAGGACCUGGUGAAGGUGAUCCUGAGCAAGGAAGACUUCGAGGUGGCGCUGAAGGAAGCUGGGGAGAGACUGGUGGCUGUGGACUUCUCGGCCACGUGGUGCAGGCCUUGCAGGUCAAUCAAGCCCCUUUUCCAGUCCCUGUCCGUGAAGCACAAGGAUGUGGUGUUCCUGGAAGUGGACGCUGAUGAGUGUGAGGGGCUGGCGAAAGACUGCAAUAUCGUUUGCACCCCAACUUUUCAGUUUUAUAAAAAAGAAGAAAAGGUGGGUGAAUUUUCUGGUGCCCUUAAGGAAAAACUUGAGACAUUCAUUACAGCAUUAAAGUGA